AUGUCUGACACGGUUACUCAGUUCAGAGAACAUGGCGACCACUGCCCAAAAACGGGCUCUCCCCCUGACGACACGGAGCCUGAGCAGCUGGUUAAGCGAUUUAAACUCAAGCCAGAGGGCUCUGUGACAGAGCGCAAGCCGUCCGUGGAUACCAAUAUCAGUGGAGAUAACAAAUGGGACUCCGAUCCACCCACCUCGCCUGAAUACGAGAUUACCAGUGCGAGCGAUGGGGAUGACAGCGAUACCAGCGACUCUCCCUCCUCGCCAUGCGCGAAGCGAGUGAAGAGAGCUGCUUUGCAUACCUCGGCCAAGGAUGGCCGCUCGCUUAAGCCCAAGGCCAAAAAGGCCAGGAAGAAGAAGAGGACGGCGGAUUCGGAUUGGUCAAUGUCUCAGCCAAGUGACCUUGACUACGAUAGUGAGGAAGAAUACUUCAUUCCGGCACGAGGGCGGGAUGACGAGCUGCUCAAUAAUAAGCUGACCCGAGAAAGGGCAAAGCGCCUACUUGACGCAGUAGAACUUCCCCAAGGCCACGACCUGUCACCAGACGAACAGCGGACGGCCCAUCAACUUCUUACUCGUGGCUGCAUGCCAACUAUCCACAGACACUGGGAGAAAGAUUUCUCUACCCUUCCAGAAUCGCUGUUCUUUUCUGGGAAAGAUGAUGAAAUUGAACGUAACGAAUCCCAUUUUGUCCUUGAGAACGAUAAGUGUUCGGAGUUUUACGCGAUCCGUGCAUUUCAAGAGAUUUUAAAGAUAUGUGGCAAUGUGAGGGACUACUGCAAUAUCCUUGACAUCGGUCCUGGGAUCUACAUCAAGAAGUCAAUAGAGAAAUAUCUACGGUGGGCAUUGAGCGAUGCUGGUGUCAGAGUCCAGCCGGAUACGCCCCCUGUGCAUAUCAUCUAUUGCCAAAAUCAGGACGAAGAGCCCAAAGAAGCCUUUAACAAGGUUGCCAAAGCAUUCGAGAAGCUAUCGAACGCCUGGCAGAGCCUACUUGCUACACCCGAUGAUAGCGAAGUAGCAUGGCCGGCAUUGAUAGGGCUCGUCCUCUGUGGACCUGUUCUAUCUGUUAUCUCUCUAGACACCAAUCCCCAUCCCCAAACCCUAACCCAAGGAAUCAAGUUCCUUGGUCAUUUCGACCUUUCAGAUUUUGAUAAUGAUGUCUGGAACACCCUAGCUGUUGCAAUUAUCGUUAUGCACAUCAAAAGGACCGUGACAAAACUCGCGAAAGCUUACAAUGACAAGUUGGUGGCCUCAAUCUUUGAUGGCCCUGCCAUGGGUUCCCCGGAUCCUGAUCGUUAA